AUGAACGAGAACAAGGACGUCGACACGCUUAAGCAGUUUGGAGGUGUGUCAGGCCUGGCGAAGGCGAUCUGCAGUCACGAACACACGGGUCUCGACCCAGAAGCCAGGCCAGGCGCCCCAGAGAGCGUGCAGGAGCACUCUCGCGUGUUCGGGGCCAAUAAGUACAAGGAGGUGGCCUCCAAGAAUUUUUUUGCGCUAUGCUGGGAGAACAUACAGGACCCCAUCAUCCUGCUGCUGAUUGCGGCAGCGCUGGUCUCAACAAUUUUGGGCUCUGUGCUACCGGAGCAGCGGAAAGAGGGCGAAUGGAUCGAGGGCGUCGCCAUCUGGGUCGCGGUGCUGAUCGUCAUUGCAGUUGGCGCCGGCAACGACUACCAAAAGGACCUCCAAUUCCGGAAGCUGAAUGCAGUGAAAGACAUCAUAGAAAUCAAAGUCGUCAGGGGUGGACAAGUCACGAUCAUCCCCAACACCGACGUGGUUGUGGGUGACGUCAUGAUCAUCGAUACGGGUGACAAGAUCAUCGCAGACGGCAUAAUGGUCGACGGCCACCACCUGGUGGUGGACGAGGCGAGCCUGACUGGGGAGAGCGACCCCAUCAAGAAGUGCGUCGAGGAGGACCCCUGGUGCCGCAGCGGGACGCAGGUGUCGGAGGGCAGCGGGCGGCUGCUGGUGGUGGCGGUGGGCCCGCAGAGCGAGUGGGGCAAGACCAUGGCGCUGGUGGGGGAGGCGGGCGACGAGGACACGCCGCUGCAAGAGAAGCUCGGGGACAUGGCCUCGUCAAUCGGCAAGGUGCGGUCGCUCAUCCGCCGAGGCCCCGCGAGGCCGUGCCCCUGGGCGCGUGGCCACGCCCCCGCCCUGCGCGCUGGCGCCGCCGCUCCCCCGCUCCCCUAG